CUCUUUCUCUCUCCGUCAUUGUCACACACACACAGCUCUCUCAAACCUCUACACAUGGGCUCACUCAUGCUCAGAGCUGGGAAGAACACUUGUCCUGGAGAGACUGGGGGAUCUAGACUUUUAUUUUUUCCAAAAGGCACCAGAUGAAUUCCACCAAAGACUAAAUGGAAGCAUAACAAAGAACCUCAGACUACUGACGUGCAGCCACCUUUCUCAGUGCAAUGGAUAAGCCCUAUGGUCCAGAUGUCAAGUUCAGGUUGAACACAGGCACAGCCCACCCUGCACCCAGUGCUCUCACCAGAGGACAGUGGUCCAGCAAAAUUGAGUUCCUCUUGGCUGUCGCAGGACAAAUCAUAGGCCUAGGAAAUGUGUGGAGGUUCCCUUACCUGUGCUACAAAAAUGGAGGAGGGGUGUUCUUCAUCCCUUAUGUACUCUUCCUCUUUACCUGUGGUAUCCCUCUGUUUCUUCUGGAGACAUCUCUCGGGCAGUACACCAAACAGGGAAGUAUUACCUGCUGGAGGAAGAUUUGCCCCCUUUUUGAAGGGAUGGGUUUUGGCAGUCAGGUGGUUGUUUUAUAUUCUAGCAUCUAUUAUAUCAUCAUUUUGGCCUGGGCAUUCCUGUACCUUUUCUCUUCUUUCAACUCUGAACUUCCUUGGGCAAGUUGCAGAAACAGCUGGAACACAGAGAACUGUGUGGAGUUUGAUCGAAGGCCUGAUUAUUUCAAUUGGACUGUGGCAGGAAAUGCAACAUCACCAGUGAGAGAAUUUUGGGAGCGAAGAGUUUUGAAUAUCACAGGAAGUAUCCAUGAGUUAGGGAGCAUGCGAUGGGAGUUGGCACUGUGUCUUCUGUUGUCCUGGGUCAUCUGUUACUUCUGUGUCUGGAAAGGAGUCAAGUCCACCGGAAAGGUAGUUUACAUCACCGCUACAUUUCCAUAUGUGAUGCUGGUGGUGUUGCUCAUUCGUGGACUCACGUUGCCUGGGGCCUUAGAUGGGAUCAAGUUCUACCUCUACCCGGAUCCAUCCCGCCUCAGUGAUCCCCAGGUGUGGAUGGAUGCUGGCACACAAAUAUUUUAUUCCUAUGCUAUCUGCAUUGGGUGUCUAACUGCACUUGGCAGUUAUAAUAAGUACAACAACAACUGUUACAAGGAUUGUGUCUACUUGUGCCUUCUGAACAGUGGGACCAGUUUUGUGGCUGGUUUUGCAAUCUUCUCUGCUCUUGGAUUCAUGGCAUAUGAGCAGAACACACAUAUAUCAAAAGUGGCUGAAUCAGGUCCUGGCUUGGCGUUCAUUGCCUACCCUCGAGCAGUGGCCAUGAUGCCAUUUCCUCAGAUCUGGGCGAUAUUCUUUUUCAUUAUGAUCAUCCUCCUGGGAUUGGACAGUGAGUUUGUAGGUCUGGAAGCUCUUGCAACAGCAAUUUCUGACAUGAAACCUGACUUCUUCCAUGUUGGUCAUCGACGUAAACUUCUUCUGCUUGUUAUCAGUGUCUUCAGUUUCUUCAUCGGCCUUGUGAUGGUUACAGAAGGUGGACUGUACAUCUUCCAGGUGUUUGACUACUAUGCCUGCAGUGGGAUGACUCUACUUCUCUUUGCCAUACUGCAAUCUGUGUGUAUUGGAUGGGUGUAUGGUGCAGACCGUUUUUAUGACAACAUAGAGGACAUGAUUGGAUACAGGCCUUUAACUCUGAUUAAGUACUGUUUGAAAUAUGUCACUCCACUUAUCUGCAUGGGAACGUUUGUUUUCUCCCUGGUCAAAUACACUCCUCUGAAAUUCAACAACACAAUUGAGUAUCCAUGGUGGGGUUAUGCUCUUGGUUGGUGGUUCACUCUCUCCUCUACACUCAUGGUUCCCGUCUGGAUGCUGUAUAACCUGAUCAUCACUCCCGGGACACUUCGACAGAGGAUCUCCAUCUUAUGCACACCAGCUGAAGACCUUCCUUUGACCAAAUCAGAGAAGAAAGCUCUUGAACUGCUCGACUUCACCUCAUCUCCUGACGGCAUAGUGUCCUAAACAAACUGGACACCCUUCAGAUAUACUGAACACUGUGAGGCAUAAGGAAAAAACGUAAUUACUUUCAUUCCAGUGGUCCUACACCACCAAAGCAGUUGUUCCCAACCUUUUGGGGAUGUGAUCCCGUAAAACAAAGCAAUGUCCAUGUGAGACCCCCCUUCACUGCUUGAAUAUGUAUACUAGUUACAACUAGUUCAACCAGAGUAAUUUUAAAAAGGCAUGAAAUGCCUUUAAUUCCAGUGAUUCACAAAAAAGCUAAUAUUAAACGAUUAAAGAAAAGUCUGAAAAAAAGAUUGUUUGGCAGAAGAAGAAAAAAAAACUUUGGGUGCUUUACAAUUCUGUUAAUAAUCUCGCAACCCGUCAGAUGUAAUUUGCGACCCUUUGUGGGGUUCCUAAACCGCCGGUUGGGAAUCACUGCUCUAAAGGAAUGGCCUCAAAUUUUAUAUGAUUUCACACCAUUAAACACUAAAGAAUUUAGUUGCUGACUCAACAGAAAUAUUUGAUAUGGUAAGCAUUAAGUAUAAGAAGCAUAAGGAAAAUUUGAUAUGGUAAGCAUAUGGUAAAGAGAAUGUAGCUCAGCACUCCACUUACUGUACCGAGACCUUUUGUUUUCUCCUUGGUUUUGGAGCUUUCAACCAUAUCUCAUGGUCUUUAUUCAUGUCAAUGAGAAAUGGUUCAUUCAUCAUCUAUGCUCAAAUUCAAAAACAAUAUUUGAUAUUAUAACUCGUUACUCAUCUAAAGAAAAAGUGUAUGAGAAUGAGUUUGUUUGUUUGUUUGUUUGUUUGUUUUAACCAGGGUGUAUAACUGUUAGGAAUUAAGAAACAUUGAUAAACAGUUGCCAAAUAAGCCAUACAGAUUGAACAUUGUAGUCACUUUUAGGUCAUUUUAAGUUACAUAAAUGAAAUUUGUAUAGAAGUGUAAAUUCUAAAUAAGGUGAUUUGAACAAAGAGUAGUCCAGCAAUAUAAGGGUCAGAUUCAGACCUUGGACACUUUGUGCGCUUUAGCCAGCUGAGCCACAAGGCUGUCAACACAAUGAAGUGUUUUUGACCUGCACCGAGUACUAUAUGUACCAUCGCCCCCAGGUAGGGAAGUAUUCCUCAUUCACAAGUUUGUGUUCAGAGUCUGAUUUUUAAAAAAGUGAUUAUUGUAAACAGUGUUACUGUGAUGAUGGAAACACUGUUCAAACCUGUUGGCUGUAACAGAAUCACAAAGAGUAUAUUUUUACGAGUUACAUAGAUUAUAUUUUUACUCUAUAGUUUGUUUAAUUCUAGUUUUUAUACAGAUUGUCUUACUCAUUUAUCAAGUUUGCAGGUUCAUGCUUAUACGUAUCAUUUUGUAUUUUUAUACCCUACAUAAAUGAAAUUUGAGGCAAUAGUUCUUUGUAUAACACAUAAAUGCUGUAAAUUUGUUUGAAUUUAAGCAUCAACUCAUAAUUUGUUUUUUAAAAAUAUCUGUAGCAGGAAUCAUGUGAAUUCAUGUUUAAAUUGAAAAUGUCACCCACUGUAACAGUAAACACAUCAUGAACCACUAA